CUACUCUUAUCUUCAGCGGUGGUUAACGUAGGUCAUCAUAUGUCUAUGUACAACGUGUCUUAUAUGUAAGUGAAGAAAAUAGGAAAACUAUUAGCAAUGGAUUUGAAAUAUACCGUUUUAACGAUUGUUUUUGUCGCGGUUGUACUAGCAAAACUUCCUAAUGUAAAAGCUGAAAAACAAGACAAGAUUGCCGGAGUUGAUACUUUAUACGAAAAUCUAUUAAACCGCUUGGAACAUCUCGAAGCUCGCGAGAAGGUGCGAGAAAAAGAAAAUCAAGAGCUAAAACACCGUGUACAGGCUUUAGAAUCUCUCGCGAAAGAGCAGCAAAUCGAAAUUUCAAACCUAAUUGAAACAGUAGACAAACAAUAUAUUGUAAAUCGACAACUACAAGAUCGUGUGUUAUAUUUAGAAAACCGUGACAAGACACAGGAUAUUUUUCAAACGGACUUUAAACCUCAAAAUGAACGCAGUCAAUCCGUGGAAUGGUUCAUCAGAAAACUGAAGAAACUUUCAACCGGAAGGCUUUAUCACGAGGACCACGGGGAUAAAAAGGAAGCACAGCAUGCUGUUGAAAGGAAAUGUACACAUGCUGACGUUCAACGAAUCAGAAAACGUCAGAACGAGAUUAAUGUAGCGUUUUUCGCCUAUCUAACCAACCACAUAGAAAACCCCGGCGUACACCAGAUUGUUGCGUUUGAUCACGUGACCACGAACAUAGGGAAUGCAUACAAUGCACAUGCAGGUGACUUUAGAGCACCUGUAGCUGGAACAUACGUUUUCGCAACAACUUUAAUGGCUGGAGACAAGAGUUUGACAUACCAUUUCAAAAUCAUGCAUAAUGCGCAAACCGUAUCGAAUAUCUACAUCACAAACGGCGGAACGGGGAGCCAAGAAGUGGUGCUUCAGCUAAAUCAAGGGGACGAUGUUUCAAUCCACAAUAUAGACGGUGGGAAAAAGUUAUAUGGACAUGGCUACAGUACUUUCUCUGGAUUUCUAUUGCAACAAGAUUAUUCAAAUCCAGUAGCAAUUGGCAAAUAAAGAUUCCCGUAUCUUAUAAACAGUA